AUGCAACAAGGUCCUACACUGCCAAAGCCAGCACAUUAUCCUCCACCUUAUCAACAAUAUCCUAUGGCUCCAACAUUAUCAACGUCGUCAUCAUCAUCACUUCUUAUACCACAAUAUUCAUCGACGCAUAGCCCUCAAUCAGUAAAGCGUAUUGAUACUGCUGUAUAUGGAUCCAAUAUAACAUCAUUGAAAAAUUCAAAAAUAAUAAAUAAUUUAUCGUCAUCAUCAUCGCGUUCAAAUAAUAUUGAUUUACGCCGUUUAAUUUUACUUAAUUUACCUACUGAUCUUGUUCGAGAAUAUCUCGAACUUUAUAUCGAACAUUUAUCAGGUGAAGCUGAAAUAGAACGAAUUGAUUAUUCUAAUCUUGAAGAAACAACUGCAAUGGUUACUUUUAAAACAGAACUUGAUAUGGCGGAAGUACGUCGUCGUCAUGGAAUGCGUCCAAAAUUAAAUGAUUCUGAAAUUUCUUUAGUUGAAGUUAUACCACCAGCAACUGUAAUGAUACGAAAUUUACCAUCAGAUAUAUCGCGUGAUGUACUCGAAUUAUAUUUUUCAAAUCGACGUCGUAGUAAUGGUGGACAAGUGAUUGAUGUUGCAUUUGAAGAUGAUCAUCAACAUGCACUCGUCACAUUUGCUGAUUAUAAAGGUUUUCAAAAAAAAAAAAUCUGA